AUGAGCGGGCUGCGGCGGCUGUUCCGCGGCAGCGGCCGAGCCCUGGCAUUCGUCUUCGCCGCCUCCGUCGCCUGGCUGCUCCUCGACAUGGCCGCGCUCCGCCUCUCCCUCGGGGACGCCGGCGGCAGGCUGCUGCGGGAGGCGGCGGAGCGGGGGUGGGCAGGGCUGGGAGGCAGCCCCCGACCGGACCCCUCCAGCAGACUGCCCCGGCGCGGGGGCGGAGGGAGCCCGGCCUCCCGGGCAGCCCCCGGCCCGCCGAGGCCCCCGCCCGGCAUCAGGGGGCAGCCCGAGCAGCGCCGCGGGGCUCGGAUGGUCCCGCCGUGGGCGGCUCUGGGCCGGAGGGGCGGUGCGGGGCUGGGGGCAGCCCGUGAAGCCCCGUGGAAGGCCCGGCUGCGGCUCCCCGACGAGUCCCUUGCCCCGGCCCUCGGGGUCACCGCGGCUUCCCGGCGGGCUGGGCACACGGUGGUGGAGGGACGCGGACACAGCACCCCCGGGAGCUGGUAUCGACCUGCGGACACGGCGGGCACCGUCAGCCGGCCUCCCGCCACAGCGGGGCUGGGAGCCCUGCGGCCGGAGGAGACGGAGCCGGGAGAGAGGGAAGCGCCUUCCGAAAGUCGCUUCAUCCUCGUCGGCAAAGGCGGGACAGAGCCCGGCGGCCCCACAGAGCCGCGGCCGGCACCCAGCUCUGCAGGGAACAUCGCGAAGAGCCGCGAAGAGCCGCAGCGUGAGGAGGAGAAUGAUGCUCAUGCUGCCAGUGUCAGCCCCCGGGCUGUGGCACAAGGUGGCUGGACGCUCGGUGCGAGGAAUGGAACAGCUCAGGGGGCUCCUUCCACCAGGAAGCAGGAGCGGGCGGAUGGCAUCCCGGGAACGCACCGGGUCCUGGCCAUGGACGCAACACUUGCCCCCAGAGACCCCCGAGCCCCCGGCCAGUUUGGGCGCCCGGUUGCAGUCCCCAACGGUAAACAAGAAGAAGCCAAAAGCAGGUGGAAAGAAGGGAACUUUAAUGUCUACCUCAGCGACAUGAUCCCCGUGGACCGAGCUAUAGCAGACACCAGGCCUGCCGGGUGCUCUGAUCAGUGGGUUCACAACGACCUGCCCACCACCACCAUCAUCAUGUGCUUCGUGGAUGAAGUGUGGUCCACCCUCCUCCGCUCUGUCCACAGCGUCCUCAGCAGAUCUCCCCCGCACCUGAUUGAAGAAAUCAUUUUGGUGGACGACUUCAGCACUAAAGAGUACCUCAAGGAGAAGCUGGACCGAUACAUGUCGCGGUUCCCCAAGGUGCAGAUCCUCCGCCUCAAGGAGAGGCAUGGUCUGAUUCGGGCCAGACUGGCAGGAGCAGAGAUUGCCAAAGGCACUGUCCUGACGUUCCUGGACUCACACGUGGAGUGCAAUGUGGGCUGGCUGGAGCCGCUGCUGGAGAGGGUCCGCCUGAGCCGCACCAAGGUCGCCUGCCCUGUCAUCGAGGUCAUCAGUGACAAGGACAUGAGUUACAUGACUGUGGACAACUUCCAGCGUGGGAUUUUCACUUGGCCGAUGAAUUUUGGAUGGAGGCAAAUUCCACAAGAGAUCAUUGAGAAGAAUAAAAUCAAGGAAACUGAUGUCAUCAGGUGCCCAGUCAUGGCAGGUGGCCUCUUUUCCAUCGACAAGAAGUACUUUUUUGAGUUGGGAACAUAUGACCCAGGACUGGAUGUCUGGGGAGGUGAAAACAUGGAGAUUUCAUUCAAGGUCUGGAUGUGUGGAGGAGAGAUAGAGAUUGUUCCCUGCUCCAGAGUUGGGCACAUCUUCAGGAAUGACAACCCUUAUUCCUUCCCCAAAGAUCGGGUGAGGACGGUGGAGAGGAACUUGGCCCGCGUGGCGGAGGUCUGGCUGGAUGAGUACAAAGAGCUCUUCUAUGGCCAUGCUUACCACUUAGUCCUGAAAAACCUGGAUGUUGGUGACCUGACUCAACAGAUCCAACUAAGAAAGAAGCUCCAGUGCAAAAGUUUCAGGUGGUACCUGGAGAACAUCUACCCAGACCUGGAUGCUCCCCUGGUUAAAGCCAGUGGGUUGCUGCUGAACGUAGGCAUGGCAAGGUGCAUCACUGUGGAAAACACCAGACUGGCUUUGGAAGUGUGUGAUGUGAACAACAAGCACCAGCACUUCAACUACACCUGGCUGAGGAGGAUACAGCACGGGGAGCUCUGCAUCAUGCCGAGCGGUGCCGCUGUGACCCUGCGGCCCUGCCGAGCCAGCAGCCCCAGCACGGCCUGGCUGCACAGGGCACUGGUGGCCUUCCAGACACAGCUGAAGGACCACCUCAUCUCAGAGCACCUCCAGCAGCCAGUGUGCUUGGAAGUGGGUCCCUCUGACAAAGCCCUGAGGGUGAGUGCCUGUGACUCCACAAACCCUCACCAGAAGUGGCAGUUUGGCAGCUACUACGCAGACUGA